AUGCCCGGCCCUGGGUCGCGACGCCGCAGGUCUCCCGCUCCUUCCGGCCGCUCUCCGGCGCCCCAGUCCCCCAAGCCCCCUCUCGGCCCUGAGGGCCCAGGCACGUCUCGCACUCCCGGACACCUCGAGUCCUCCUUCUCCGUCGAAGCCAUCUUGGCGAGGCCCGAGCCCCGCACGCCGGCCGCCUCCCCGCCGCCAGCCUCCGCCGGUGCCACCUGGGGCCACUGGACCGCACCCUCCCGGUGUCCCGCCGGGGUUCUGCCCUGGGCGUGUCCGGCCACCUGGCUGCCAGCCUACCUGAGCGUGGGCCUCCUGCCGCUGUGCCCUCGGCCUCCGGUGCCCGGGCUGCACAUGGCUCCCUUCUGCGGCCUCCAGGGCUUCGGUGUCGCAGGCCUGGAGCUGGCUCACUGCGCAGGCCUCUGGGGCCCUCCACACUGGCCCCCAGCUGAGGAUCUUCAUGACACUGAGAGACACCAAAAGAGGGUUCGGACUAUGUUUAACCUCGAGCAGCUGGAGGAGUUGGAGAGAGUGUUUGCGAAACAACACAAUCUGGUGGGGAAGAAGAGAGCCCAGCUGGCAGCCCGGCUCAACCUUACAGAGAACCAGGUGAGGGUCUGGUUCCAAAACCGCAGGGUCAAGUAUCAGAAACAGCAGAAGCUGAAAGCCACGUCUGCCUCCCUGGACGAGCCCUCCAGCAGCUCCGACAGCAGCAUCCAGAGUGAAGACACCCGGCCAGGAGCGGACAGCUGA